UAUGAAUUUUAUUUCAUCUUCUCCUUUUAAAUAUUUGCCCAUAUAAGUGUUGAGUUGUUUAAUAAAUUCAAAAUUAAUGGACUAGACAUUAAACUUAAAUAAAAUAUUGAAAUAGUGGGAUGAAUGUAUUAGCAAUAAAGAGAUAUUAAAGCGAAUCAAAUAGAAGGCAUCAUAAAAACCUAAGAAUGAAGAAAUUAAAGAAAAGGACAGUAUUAUUCAAAUCAUAAAUGAUCAGUUACAACGUCAGUUGAGUUGGAAAAGCAGAUCUUCUGGAAGUAUUAAUUUUAUCCUUAUUUCCUUAAUAGUUCAAUCUCAGUUUUCUAGACAAUCAAUCAAUUAAGGUAGACCUGCAGGAUCUCCAAGAUAGGAUAGAAUGGAUAGGAUGGGAUCAAGGGUAUCAAUGAUGAGUCCACUCAUUCAUGAAGACAUGAUUAUUAAAAAUGAAUUAAAAAUCAAAUUUGUAUAGAUCCAGCAAUUAGAAAGUUCAUGCAAUAAGUACCAUAUAUUUUUGAGAGAAAUACUUCAAGUUCAAAAAAAAAAAGAUUAUAGAUUUGAAAACUACGAAUACUGCUGAUAAAAUAGAUCUCAUUAAGUCUAUCUAAGAUGAAAACAAACUAAGCUAAAAGUAGUCAAUCAAUUUUUUUAAUUAAGUAGAUUUAGAGUAACCUCAUUAAAUUCAUUACUACUCAUGCCUCCUUAAUCAUGAAGAUGCUGCAUAUUAUGUUAAUUAAUAAUAGCUCUAAAAUUAGAACACUUACGAAAGUGAAGAACUUAUUUAUAGUUAUUUGGAACCCUUUUUGCAAUUCAAUAUCACUUUAGGCUUUAAAUAUAACUUAAAACCUAAAGCUUAAGAAUUCAUAAAAAAAAAUUAGAGUAAUCAUUAAUCUUUGAUACAGAGUAACACUUUUCUUAUGCUUACUCCACUAUUCAAUCGACAGAUGUAUAGAAUUAAAUUAAUUUUUGAUCAAGAGAACGAUAAUGAUUUAAAAGCUUACUAAAAGAAGUCUUUAUCCUAAUUUAUAUAAUUAUUCAAUGACAAAAAUUAUGUAUCAACAUCUUAAGUGCAAUCGUUUAAUAAACUAGUCAACCCCAUAUCCUCUUAACUUUCAAACAAGAAAGUUUAGGAAGAUCUUCAUACAAUGACUCCAAUUACGAUAAUGCUGAACAGUUAGGCUUGUAAAAUUAUUGAAAAUAGCAUCCUUAUAGCGAACCAUAUCAGAUUACUUUUUUCCUUGUCAAAAGUAAUUCUCUUGUAUGAUGCAAAUAAUAAAUCUUUGAUUAUUAUAUAAAACUUGGUUGAUGAACCAAAAUUUGAUUUUUGA